AUGAAAAGAAAAAGAGAAAAUGAAAGCCUAUAUGAAAGGGAAAUUGUUAUGGCACUAUGUGAAACAAAAGGAAAAGAAAUAGGAGUAUGUUGGUUUGAAUGUGGUUCUAACACUGUUGGACUAUGUCAAUACCUAGACACAAACACAUACAUACAAACACUAAUCCUUAUUAACAUGUAUUCUCCAACACAAAUAAUUAUCUCCAAAACUCAAGAAAAGAGUGAAUUAACUCAACUUCUUAAAAGAAAUAGAAAUAAAAUUGUUUUUCUUCCAAGAAGUUCAUUUAAUGAAAAUGAAGGUGUAACGUUAUCAGAAAGACUAUUUGUUGGAAGUUGUUGUGAUUUACUUAGAAGGGACUUAACAAAAAGAUAUUUAUGUGCUGCAUCAUUUAAUGCUUUAAUUCAAAAAGUUGAAAAGUCUGCAUUUAUUAUUCAGCCAAGUGCAUUAUAUGGAAAAUACAUUCCUCUGUCUAAUAAAAUAAGAAUUGAUGUUCAAACUGCUCAACAAUUGGAAUUAAUUACAAACAAUUUAGAUGCAAAGAAAACAGGAUCGUUAUUUGCUGUUAUUAAUACAACACUAACAAAUAAUGGAAGAAAAACAUUAAUUGAUAACAUCCUGCAACCCCCCUGUGAUAUUGAAACAAUACUUGAAAGACAAAAUUGUGUUGAGUUCUUUCUUAGAAAUUCAGAAUUAUACUAUCGUUCAAUUGAAUUUCUUAAACAACUCCCUGACAUUGAUAAAAUCAUUACAUCAAUUCUUCAACUAAAUAGAAUUGAUUCUAUCCGUCCAACAACCCUUCAGUCAAUCUUAAAAAAUAUGUGUGAAUUAUAUAAGUUAUUAUAUACAAUUCCUCAAUUCCAAAAGGGUUUUGAACUUCACACAAAUGCUCCACUUCUUAUUACAACAAUGAGAAGUAUAUUAGAUGAUCCAGAAAUUAAUGAAUUAAAGUUAAUUCUAGAAAGUGUUAUGAAUCCAACAAUAAUUCUUUCAAAAAAUACAAUGAAUAAAAUUUGUUUUGUAAUGAAACAAAAUAUUAAUCCAUAUCUCGACGUUUCCCAACAAGUUUUUACAGAAACACUGGAAAAAAUUCAUACCUCUGCUGAAGAAGCAUCAGCUCUCGGGUUGAUAUUAAAAACUACACAAACAGGAUUCUCUUAUAUUUUCAAAGGUACAAAACAAAAUAUUCCUGAAGGAUGUUGUAGAGUUGUUAAAUUAACUGAUAAUAAAUAUUCUGUCAAUACACCAGAAAUGAUUUCCUUAAAUAAUAAAUUCCUUUCUAUCAAAAAUGAUAUUAUUAAAUUAUCAAUUGGGAUGAUCUCAGAAAAGUCUGAAGAAUUAAAAAAAAGAAUCAACGUUCUUAACAAAAUGGCUGAAAUGAUUGGAGUAUUGGAUAUGAUCAUUUGUUUUGUUACUUACUCAUCAACAAACUCAACAAUUUGUAAACCAAAAUUUAAUGACACUCGUUCAAUUAUUAUCAAACAAGGAAAACAUCCAAUUUUACAAACAUCUAUUUCUCAGUUUAUUCCUAAUGAUACUUAUAUUGAUGAUACUUCUCGUUUUUGUUUAAUUAAUGGACCAAAUAUGGGAGGAAAAUCAACCUAUAUUAGACAAAUAGCAUUAUUAAUGAUUUUGAGUCAUAUGGGAUGUUUUAUCCCUGCAAAAGCUGCUUCAAUACGUCCAUUAACAAACAUCUUAUCAAGGUUAUCUACUGAUGAUUCAAUAGAAUUAAAUCAAUCCUCAUUUAUGAAAGAAAUGGAAGAAGUUAAAGAGAUUAUUGAAUUAAUGAAUGACAGUUCCUUAAUUCUUAUUGAUGAGUUAGGAAGAGGAACAGGGAUUAUUGAUGGUGUUUCUAUUUCAUGGGCUGUUAGUGAAGAAAUCAUUCUUAAAAGCUUAUCAACAUGCCUUUUUGUUUCUCAUUUCCCUGAAUUAAACAACUUAGAAAGACUAUAUCCUCAUGUUGUACGUCAAUUUCAUAUGGAAGUUGUAUUGAACGAUCAUGGACUAUGUCCAAAAUACAAAUUAACAGAAGGGUUUGAUGAGAAUGACUACUAUGGAAUUCAAAUUGCAGAAAUGGCUGGAUUUCCUCUUUCUAUCAUCCAAAACGCAAUUGAAAUCAAAAAGAAUAUUCAAAAAGAUACCACCCAACAAUUUAAUACAGCAAAGUAUGACCUUGGUCAAAAGUUAAUUGCUCUAAAAGAUAGCCAGCUUGAUCAAUCCAAUUUACGUGCGUAUUUAAAAUAUCUGAAACAAAUGUUUCUUGAAGAAUAA